AUGGUACCGAGGGUGAUGCAAAGGGGGGUUAUAAAUAAUUUUUUAAAAAAUGCUAGAGCUAAUUAUUCUAGUCUAAAUGCUAGUCCGCUUGGAAUUGAUGGUUCGUGCGAGAACAAUUUGAAGACUGAAACCAACAUACUAUCCAAGACUUUGGUGAAGUUUUGGGAUAAGGUAACACUUAAAAAAUGUGAUAAUACCUUAACUUUGCAAAUCUAUGGUAACCCGGUGCGCACACCAUUGGGAAAUUCCCUAAGUAUUCCAUCAAAUCGUGUAAUCUUGGCCCAUAUGCUAAAAGAUGAAUGGUCGAAUGUAACCAAAUUGUCUAUCAAAACACAUUCACUGCCGUUAACCUCAAUUGUCUCACGCUGCAUUGAUUUACAGCUCGUCAGUAAGCCGGGAACUGAUCCUGAGUUGUUAGCUAAAAUAGGAGGUGGUCAAGAUGUAAUUUCUGAAAGUUUACUUCGUUAUUUGGAUACGGAUACUUUAUUGUGCUUUUCUCCAAAAAGUGAAUACGAGGGAGCUCUGAGAAGAGCUCAAGAUAAGAUUUACUUACCGAUACUUUCUGCAGUGGAAUCAUUCCUUGGCAAAUACAGUGAUUUGCCCGUGAGAUUACAGCUUUUGGAUUCUGAUUUGCAUGGACUGCGCGGUAAUCGUCAAUCGGAUUCAACAAGGGCUGCUGCACUGAAAUAUUUACGGUCAUUGAAUACAUGGGACCUUGCUGUUUUUGAGAAAACUGUUUUAACUACUAAAUCUUUUAUAUGUGGCAUUAUCCUACUACAGAAUAAAACAAAUGAUGCAACUAAAGCCAUGCAAAUGACAAUGGAAGAUAUUGCUAAUGCUGCUACCUUAGAAACCAUUUACCAAGUGGAUAAGUGGGGUGAAGUCGAAGACACUCAUGACGUUGACAAACGUGAUAUUAGGAGGAACAUUAUAGCAGCAGGAAUUGUUGCAUAUAGAGAAUAA